GACAUGCUCCAGGGCCUCACUGUCUUUCUUGCAGUGAGUGAUCUAACAGUACAGUUUGAAAAGCAAAACCUUCCACUCAUGCCACAUCCGUGAUUUGCUUUUCCAAUGUGCAGUUCAGUGCAGCCUUAGGACGGCAUAAAUAUUGGAGCUGGGUGUCUGUGUGGAAGGGCGGCAGAGCCCAGGUGACAGACACAGCGCGGCCCUGAGCUGCAGCCACGUGGGCCCUCCCUGUCCUCGGCAGAGCGAUGGAGCCACUUCCCAGCAUCGCCCACUCAGAAUCUAUAGCAACCCUCCGCUAAUAUGUGAGGCUAUUUUUAGCACCAGGGCAGCCUUGAAAACAGCAGGUAAAGCAUGAAGAGAAUGAAUAAGUGGUUGUGGUGCUCGCCUGUGAAUAGAAGCUAUUUAUAGAAGAGCUCGCUCACUCUCUGGAGGGAGAUCUUAAUAUAUAUAACACGUACAUGAAGGCAGCUCUGCCUUCCCCCAAGGGGAGGCGAAAGUGUCAGAAAUGUGCAGCAGAGCAUUAUUACUACUUCUGACCUCAGCACUUAUCUAAAAUGUCAGUCUUUCAGAUUUUUCUUUUUAGGAAGAAAAUUGUUAAUGGCAGCAGGUAUCUUUGAUUCAGUCAUUAUUUGCAGAGAAUGCAUAGCGUUCCUUGCCCUGAGCAAAGAGCAAAUUAAGCAGCAGGAGGCUGUGUGCAGCUCCAAGCUCUGUUCAGCCAAUACUUGCUCCAAGGAGCUCUCCAGAGGCUUUUCUUAGGACCCCCUUCCGAACGCCUGGGGACCAAGAUCUCUCCUGUGAUAUUUCUACUGCUGUCUCUGAAUUCCCACUCCUGUUUUCUUGUCCUUUUCUUUCUCCCACAUUCAUCCACUUAAAAAAAUGCUUAUGAGAAAGCCCCAUGUGCCUUUGUUUAAUGAGUUGUGCGUGCCAUUUCUUUGACUGGGGAGCUAUAUUGCUUCAUAAAGGAGCUUAUUACUUCUUCCUGAUAUAUUAUAUUGAGACUGGGAAUUAAAGCCUCCAGUUUUAAUGACUCUUUGCCGAAAUCAAAAGGGCAGCAACAGUGGAAGCUUGCAGAUGCCUCUCAGUGAUUGAUGUCUAGAAGAAAGUCAGCUGUGUGGCAUUUGGAUUGUUGUCUUGGAAAGGUGGUAUAUAAGAAGUAUUUUAAGUUCAAAAUCUGAACAUCUUUGGUAUUAUGCACAAGGUAGGGAAAAUCUUUUCUCUUCUGAGCAGUCAUAACUAAAACGCGUAUUCCUCUGUUGCUGGAGAAAUGAAAAUUACAUUGAAAAUUGCAGUCAAUUCAUAGAUGCAGUGUUCAGUUGGUAUUGCUCUCCCACUGCAGAGCAAGAGCCAGGCAGCCAAAAGAGCAAAUUCUUCCUUAAAGUGCACUGAGGAAAAAGCACGCUGCCAUAUAAACAAACAGCGACGGGGUUGGCUUCCGCAGCCCUCCCAUAUCCCCUCUGCAGGGUGAUGAGGUUCACAAGAAGGGACAGGGUGCUCAGCUGGGUGUUUGAUGGAGGAUUGAUGCUAGACUGUAUGCAAUGACAAUGUGCCCACUAUAGGGUGGGGUAAGGGAGGCUGUCAGGCAUGUCUAACACUUGCAUGAGGUAGAAGGAAUUUGCUCCUAGGGGAAUUAGUUGUUUUUUCAAAAAUUUUGAAGAGUUAUAAACAGUAAAAACUUAAAUAAAACAUACUUGUGGAGCUAUGAGCAAGAAACACUUAAGAUGUUUCAGCGCUGGUCCAAAUCCUUGCUUUCUCAAGCAUUUUGAUUAGCAACUAUAAAGCAAUAAUAUGUGUUUGAUGAGGCACAUCCUUCUCAUAGUGCAGUUCAUUACAUUAGUGGCACUCCGGUGAGGCUUUGACUUGAACUUUAUGAGUGACUUCGGUAGGUCUAAGAUUUCUUCCACUAUGAAUUAUUCAGGAGUCAGAAAACUCCUGUUUUUAAUGGCUAAAGAAUCUCUCCUCAAAAGCCAGUUAUGUACAAUAUAACAAAUUUCCAGUGUACAUUUAAAUAAACAACAUUUCAGUUAUUUUUUUUCUGUCUACAAAACGACAAAGAAAAUUAAAUACAAGUUUAUAAAGAUUAGAAUAAUUCUGCAAGUACUGAGUGCCAUGAAAAAAGUACAGAAGGGCAGUGCUAGAUAGCACAGGUCAGGGAAAGGAUUUUAUAACAUGCCGUCUGUUUUUAAUUAGCAUUUUGGCAGACUGGAGGAGCUCAAACAUUUUUCCAUGAAGAAAUGUAUUAUAGGCUUUUCUAGCUGCCAAUUAAAUGGCAUUUAGCUUCAGUGACAGUGGUAUGUUGUUUUGGGUCUGCAGAAAGCACUUGCUCAUGCUAGAAAAUCUGGGACAUUGUGUUUCGGAUACAGGGUUCUUACUGGGCUGGAUUUUCUAUCACUCUGCAUUCUCAGUGUAGGCAUGAAAGAUACCUCCUAGGGAGAAGUGCUAAGUUCAUGAAUAGUGCAAGGGGGCUGGCAGAGUGCAGUUCUUUCCCAGUGUCUGUUUGGAUACACCUCUUGAGGGUUUGUCUUCCAGUUAGAUGAUGUCUUUUAAACAACACUGUCUGAAUACUGGGGUGUUUUGUGGGGUUCCUAUUUUAUCCCAUUUAGUCUGGAGUGAGAUAGUUUGUCACCAGUCCUGUCCUAUGGUUCAUUUAAAUGUUCGUGGCUAUUUUCUCUGCAUUUCACUGUGAGUUUCAUAGUUGCAAAAUCAAGGCAUGGUUCCAUGGAUGCCUCUCAGCAGGCAAUAACCAGUGUAGGAGCUACUAUCGACUGCCACUUGUGAUGAGAGGAGUUGUAGAUUAAAAAUCAUCUUUAGAAAAAAUUCUGUGGAACAGUAACUUGAGUAAAUUAAUAGAGCCCCUUGUUUCCCUGGAAAACCACUGUAUUGUCUAGAGGGGGGCUGAACAGUUUCAUGGAGGUUACCAGCCCAGGGUGGAGAGGUGAGCUGCAGCGGUGCUAUGAGGAGAGCACAAGAGCCUGCAGCCCAGGAUGGGCAGAGCCUGGAGCAGCGCGUGCAUCAUGUCAGGAGAGCUUGGGCAGCUCCCAGUGGUGCCAAGUGGCUGUUCAAGAGGAGUUAAGCGACAUUUGAAGGUGGAGUUGCCUGUUUGGUGGUAACUUGUAUUUGGAGCUGAUGAGAUGUUGUAUGAAACUGCCUAAAUCUGUGGCUCCCUGUUCCUCUUCUCUAGCAGCAAAGCCAGUAUUUCUUGCCCGCUCCUGUCCUCCGCUGCUUGUUCUGGUUCUGUCAAUUCCUGUUUUGUUUUGGAAGGAUUUGGGUUUGCUCAGGGUUUUAUUUGCUUUUUGCUCUUUCACCAGAUCAUUUAACUGAUCUAGUUGGAGAAAACACUAGAGAUAAAUCCCGGUAGCAAGCUGUAGAGCUGGGAAGAGAGAAACCAUCGCCUUACAGAACUCGUUGCACAGAAGUACAUUCUUAAUAUCACCAGGUCAUUUCCUUGAAAAAGUCAUGAGACCAUUAAAAAUUAACUAUAGUUUUUAUCAGUAGUAUCACGCUUUUGAUAUCUGAUCAGGGGAAAGCAUGGUACCUUCCAUAUUUGAGCAUGACUUUUCCUCUCUGAGAGGUUCAUAUAGAGAGCACUUCAAUCCUACAGUACGGCACAUGCUAGGCAAUAAGCCUCAUGCCUCUUCCCUCCCACUGGAUGGGCGUUUUGUCUGGCUGGAAAGUGCCUCCCUUUCCAAGCUUGCCCAUGUGAGGUGUUGAACCUCCCAGAAUAUAAAUUAGCUAAUAGCAGAUUGUCUUGAAAGUUCUUUCUAAAGAUUAAGUGCAGAAAGUGCAGAUUUCUGCAGAAUGCAAAAACCCAGUGUACUUUCUUUAUUGCUUUACGUCUUAGUCCUUCUCUCCAUAUUAUGUUUGGUCUCAGGUCCUACUUUGCGUUCAAAUUGUACUCUCUCUAGCUCUUGAGCUUCUAUGUUUGCUGUUCGUAUUUCCCCCAUUUCUACAUAUUCGGCAUUUUCAAGGCAGAACAUGGACAACAGGGAUGAAGUAGGAAUUAUUUUUUUAGAUGUGGAGUAGAGCGACUAGUAUUCAAGAGGACAGUUGGCUCUAUGCUACUGGAUUGGGUGCUGCAAAGCACACUACUUUGUUACAGAGCUCCUGAUCCUUUACAAAUGCUGAGAAUGGAACUGAUUCCACUGUGCUGGGAGACAAAAGGCUGGAGAAGAGCUGAGGAAUGCCAGGGGUUUGUACAGUCCCACGUGGAGGACCAGGACUGGAGAGUCACUGAGGGAACUGGAAGUGAAGGCUGGAAAACUUAAAAGGGUCAGUAAGGUUUGUGGGGUCUUUCUGACAGAGAAAGACCAACCCAUGAGUAAUGGGAGUUAUGUCCCUGUCUGACCUGAAGGACUGUUAUUGGAUUUUUCUGUUUGUUUGUUUUGUCCUUUUUCCUUACUUACAUAAAAUAAAGGUACUGAGCUGUGGCAGUUAUUUGCCUACCCUGGAAGAUAGUCAGACCAGUUUGAGCAGUCAUCCAGAAUAACAUUUAAACACACUUAACAUUAGCGGUAUUGUCAACAUCAGCUGUUCAAAGACUAUGGACUGUGUACUUACAAUUCUGUGAUACCGGUUUAAAAGUCAUGCGGUAUCUAGCUUAGCCUUUAACACUCUUGGUUACCCAGGAGGCUGGGCAAAGUGGCCUCCCGAGAUCUCUCCCUGAGUGAGCCUUUCAAAAAUCAGAAAGGCCGGUUGGAUUUUCCCCAUCUUACAGCACCUCGCAGGUCUCUUCUCUCAGCAGUACGUUGCCUGAGUGAGUGGAAACACACAGAUCAGCUGCAGGUUUCUGUCUACAGAAACAGAGUGAAAGAGAAAGAAAAGGGUUGGGAAAGCAGAGACAAAUAUUGACCUGGACUUAUAGAAAGACAUCCAAUGGCUGAAUAAAGAACCCCUGUUCAUGUUUUGGGAUAUUCUUUCAACUGGCUGGAACGAGAGCGGAUCAAAAGAAUGGGAAAUGCCAGCAGACCCUUUAGAAGAAUUGCUUAUUUCUUAUGCCUUUUAUCUGUGCUUUUGCUGACUGAAGGGAAGAAACCAGUGAAGCCAAAAUGUCCUGCCUGGUGUACUUGUACCAAAGAUAAUGCUUUAUGUGAAAAUGCCAGAUCUAUUCCUCGCAGCGUUCCGCCUGAUGUUAUCUCACUAUCCUUUGUGAGAUCUGCUUUUACUAAAAUCCCAGAAGGGAGUUUUUUGCUCACACCAUCUCUGCAGCUUCUGUUGUUUACGUCCAACACUUUCGAUGUUAUUAGCGAUGAUGCUUUCAUGGGCCUUCCUCAUCUAGAAUAUUUGUUCAUAGAGAACAACAGCAUUAAGUCAAUAUCAAGAAAUACUUUCAGAGGACUGAAAUCUUUAAUUCACCUGAGUCUCGCAAAUAAUAAUCUCCAAUCGCUUCCAAAAGACAUAUUCAAAGGCUUGGAUUCUUUAACAAAUGUAGAUCUUAGAGGCAAUGCAUUUAAUUGUGACUGCAAACUGAAAUGGUUAGUGGAGUGGCUGGGCAGCACCAAUGCAACUGUUGAAGACAUUUACUGUGAAAGCCCACCAGAAUACAAGAAGCGCAAAAUCAAUAGCCUCUCCCCAAAAGAAUUUGAUUGCAUUAUUACAGAAUUUGAAGUUUAUCAGUCCCUGCCAUAUCAGUCUCUGUCGGUAGACACUUUCUCAUACAUGAACGAUGAACAUGUGGUUAUUGCGCAGCCUUUCACUGGAAAGUGCAUCUUUCUCGAAUGGGACCAUGUAGAAGUGAUGUUCAGGAAUUAUGACAACAUUACAGGUACUUCAACUGUUGUGUGUAAGCCUAUAGUUAUUGAGAGUCAGCUAUAUGUCAUUGUCGCGCAGCUGUUUGGAGGCUCCCACAUAUAUAAAAGAGAUAUUUUUGCUAAUAAGUUUAUAAAAAUUCAAGAUAUUGAGAUCCUUAAAAUCAGAAAACCCAAUGACAUUGAAACUUUCAGGAUUGCUGAAGACUGGUAUUUUGUUGUUGCUGACAGUUCAAAAGCUGGUUUCACCACUGUUUACAAAUGGAAUGGGAAUGGAUUUUAUUCCCAUCAGUCUCUGCACGCCUGGUACAGAGAUACUGAUGUGGAGUUUCUUGAAAUAGCCGGCAAACCACAUUUAAUUCUGUCAAGUAGUUCCCAAAGACCUGUAAUAUAUCAAUGGAACAAAGGAACAAAUGAAUUUGUUAAGCGUUUUGAUAUCCAGGAUAUGGAAGAUGCAUAUGCAGUGAAACAUUUCAAAGUGAAAGAGGAUGUAUACAUUUGUUUAACAAGAUUUAUUGGGGACUCUAAAGUAAUGAAAUGGGGUGGUUCAGCAUUUCUGGAUUUACAAAGGAUGCCAUCCCGAGGGUCAAUGGUAUUCCAACCGCUUCAGAUAAGUAAUUAUCAAUAUGCCAUUCUCGGAAGUGAUUAUUCUUUCACUCAAGUCUAUUAUUGGGAUGCCGAGAAAGCAAAAUUUGUGAAGUUUCAAGAAUUAAAUAUACAGGCACCGAGAUCUUUCAUACAUGUCUCCAUCGAUAAACGAGAUUUUCUCUUUGCUUCGAGUUUUAAGGGAACUACAUUGAUUUAUAAACAUGUCAUAGUUGACUUAAGCGCAUGACACUCAUAAAUCUGAGAAUACAUCAGACUUUCUACCAUAAGUGGACAAAAUGAACUAAAUGCAUGAUGACUCUCUUAUCUUACUUCCAAAUGAAUGCCUUUAAAAGUUGAGAUUGCUAGAACAAAGUAUUACUAGUAUCUUCAUCUUUAAUUGUCAAGUCUAGUGAUGUUGGAAGUUGCAUUUUUUAACAAAAAGAAAUUAAAUUAACUGUUCUUUGCAUCCACAGUAUGUAAAUAUGUGUGCAACUGCAUCUGUUGCUAUAAAGAAUAUUAAGAUGUACUUUUCCAUUUAUUUAUUCACCUGUUUGAAACAACUGCCAAAUAAAAUGUUUACAUUUUGUGUCUUU